UCCGGUCCUGAGAAAUACCACACGGUGCUAGAGCUUCCACUGUUUGAAACUCUUCCAUCUUCUGCUCUGAAAAACCUCGGUCAGAUUAUAGAAACACAGUUUGCUGGUCCAAACGAGUUUCUGAUCAACAAAGACGACAUUUUGAGCAGUGUUUGGUAUAUUUCUAGUGGUUCGUUAGAAGUGCUUGAUAAAGGAAUGGUUGUUGCUAUUCUAGGACAUGGUGAUAUGUUUGGAAGUGACCUGGACCAUCUGCUUAAUGAAAAUAAGAUUACCAUACAGUGCGGAUUUGAUGUUAAGGCUCUAACCUAUUGUGAACUGAAGUGUAUUGAUACCGAAGGAAUGGUUUCCUGUGUAAACAUGCUUUCUGAUUCUUCAAUUCUUACAGAUGUAGCCGAGGAUUUAAAGAAUGAUCUGACGUAUAAUCUGAAAGGAUUAAAUCGUCUCCUUGGUUCUAGAACUUCAAGUGUAUCCGUCCCAACUCAACAUGCAGAAACACAGACAGAGUGUAGAGACCUAUGGUUAGGGCGGAUGAACUUCAGUACAAUGAAUUCUGCCAAAUCUCUUCCUAAACUUGAAACUACUAAACUUAUUGAUGAACCCCUCUACACCAGUUGUGCACUGUAUCCCCGAUACCCCCUCUCACCCUCUACACAUCACAGGGUUAAAUUUGAUCUGGAUCCUCGGAGAAACUCAAGUUCUGGAGUAAUACCGGAUAAAUAUCCCAAAAAAGCAAUCCUGAGAAAUCUAUCGAUGGCUAGAUCCUAUUCUCUGGACCCGGAAGGAUCUGGUUCUAUUAUUGAACUACCCAGUCCUCGAUAUAGCUCCCUCCAGGAAGCGGACGGGUUGGGGAAUAAGUCUGAGCAUCCGUCGUAUCUGGUGAACCACCUGGAGCAGAGAAUAUCUAAACCAGAACCAAUAGAGACUACUAGGAAACCCAAGGAAUUGACUAAACUGCAGAGGUUUCAAGCUAAAUUUUCAAAAAGAAAUGUUUCCCUAGAAGAUGACGCAAGACGGGAAGAAAACCCGAAAGAUGAAAUCCGUCCCUUCAAUAUUCCAGAGAUCAGGCUUGAGAUCCCUGAUGACGAUCUAGAGGAUGUACUAGAAGACGAUCAUGAAAUGGAAGAAUCGGAGCAGGAUGAGAAGAAUGGAAAUGAAGAGAAAGAAAAAGAAAACGAACCCGGAGUCAGGAUGGAAGAAUUAAGUAGUAGAAGUAAAAUUGUUGAUAGAAACGGAGCUAGUAAACCCCUGACCCGGACCUCUCAUCUCACCCUUGAUCUUAUCCCUGCUGAUCUCAAGGACGAGGUCACUGUCCGAUAUAUUGACGAGGAUGAAGGAGAGAAACAUGAAGAUUAUUUGGAAGAAGAAGGAGAAUCCCAUUCUCUUAUUCAAUCCAACUAUCUAGUUCCGCCCAGUCGAGAUUUGUCUUGAUCUAUUCUUGCAUCAUCUCUAGAUGGAUCGAUCAAGAGAUCGCAAGGAAGAUCUUGCAAAAUCAUUUUUGAUUUGAGUUUAUGCAUGCAUUUGGACAUUUUUAGAGGUUAAAACAAACAAUUUUCACAGAGAUGAUAAAAUUGUCUUAAAUACAAAAGUUCAAUCAUUAAUUUUUUAACAUUUCAGUAUUUUAUCUGCUUCAUGAAUAAACGGUAAUGAUGAUGA